AUGUCAACUAACGGAGAUACGGCACGACAGUGCGAUCAACAGCAGCCACAAUGCGCGCGAUGCCUCCUAGGAAAACGUUUAUGCGAGUACACCCAAGGGCAGCGGAUUUUCGUGCUCAACGACGCUGGCAGUCAUAAGACGAUCUACAAGAAGAAAGAUGGCGAGGUGGCGGAUCGGGAGCGCAGGGCGAAGGCAUCCGGCGAGAAAGUCCAAGCGACGAAUUCAGAGGACCAGCAAACAGCAGCAUUGAUUUUAUCCAAGCAGCCUUCAAGCAGCGCACUCCACCAGCAGUCACUGCUGGCAUACGCCUUAGACGACCAACUCUCCCGACGCCACAAGGCAGGCUACAUGCAGGAUCUCGCGUCCAGCUCCGCCGCCAGCAACAUCAUGGACUCCUGUCUCCGCCCCUCGUUCCUAGCCUACUACAUCGCCUGGCUGACGCGGCGAGAGUCCAUGGAUGACCCGCGCCUCACAGCCGCCGGGCGCGAGCUGUACAUCUGCGCUCUGCAGGAGACGCACAGUGCGCUUGCGAGCCGGCGCACCGCGCUCUCGGACUCGACGCUAGCGGCUUGCCAGGCGCUGGCGGCGUACGAGGCGCUCGAGUGUCCUGGCGGCACGCUGCAGGCUUGGGAGUGGCAUCAGGCGGCUUUGGGCAGGCUGGUGCGGCUGCGAGGGCCGGCGGCGCAUGUGGAUGGGCCUGCGUGGCAGGUGUUUACGGGCUUUCGCUUGUAUUCUAUUCUGCAAGCGUUCGACAGUGGACACGACACCUUCCUUGCAAAGCCGGAGUGGACAGACAUCCCGUUUAGCGUGCAUCCGAAGCGCAAGCUUGAUGAGCUUCUGGACAUCUUCGCUCUCGGACCCCAAGUCUCCCGAAUGGGCAGCACGUUGUCCACACUGCCGCCCGACCAGGUCGUCCCCACCGCGUUCUCCAUGGUCGACAAGUUACUCUUGAUCAUCAAGAAGCUGCAAGAGUUCGAGCAGCGGCUCGAGAGAGAUAGCGAGGUGCCGUUGUACCAGGAACGCAGUCUCCCGCUGAACCCGCAUCACGCUUCCGAGCAGCCGGGCGACGCAGAGUUCAUCUUUCCGCCCAUCUUCUGGUUUGCGGAUCUCGAUACCGCAUUGUUGCUGACUCUCUUCUGGGCAAUGUCUGCAAUGCGCCUCCAGGACCGCCCAGCUGACCACAUUUCGUCCGCGGCAUAG